AUGUCGCCACCGUUGGACAACGACUCGGAUAGCGAGCUGUCUGAAGCUCCUGAAGAGGAAGUCCAAAAACUCGCGCCCAUCUUUGUCAGGGCAAAGAAAGCCACCAAAGCAGCUGCACCUCCACCAGCGGCCUCACCUCCUCGGCCCAAGAGAGCGCCUUCACCACCCCAUGAAGAGGUUCUGGCUGACAUGCCUGACAUCGCCGUGAGUUACCGAUCCAAUAAACACGAAAUGGCGCGCUCACAACGCGUUCGCGACUUCUGGAUCACGUCGGCUAACUUUUUGAGAUUACUAGUUCGUUGUGAUGUUCAGAUCGCGAUUUCACGAGGCCUUCCCGGGAAAGACACCACACUUCGGCCCACAAGACAUUGAGCGAGGCGUCGUCGAUACCAUACCGAGUCCGGAAGUCCAGAGCUUGCUGUGUGCAUUGCUUGCAUUGGUGUUAAAUCGCAAGAAGCCGGUCGAGUACGUGUACCCUGCUGUUGGCGCAGAAAGAAUUAUGGACACCUCAGGAAGGCAUUGAUGAGGGUUGGCAGAAAAGAUUACGCUGACGUGUUGUGCAAUUGACAGACGAGGACAUCACGCAAGAGCACUGGAAGAUGCGAUCACAUCGCACAAGUCUCAAUGGCCGCGCUCGUGGUUAGCCAAGAAUCCAUUGAGCGGCGGUCAGACAUUUGAGACGAUGUCGCCCACAGAGAGAGUAUGCGACUCUGUCGACUCGGGAGGUCAACUACGUCUGCUGACCAAGUCGACAGCUCAACCUCCUCCGAACUCUAAUCAUGUGGUCCCUAUCCUCCUCCGAAGCCGUAUCAGGCAUCAUCAAGGACAGAUACAAGCAACAGCGCCAUAGCGACGACGAGAACCAGCCGCUAUCUGUGCAGCCAUGGGGCUUCGAUGGCGACAAGAGACGGUACUUCCUGGUUCAAGGCUUGGAGGAUUCGAAUUUCAGGGUCUACAGGGAGGGAAGCCGACACACGAAGAAUGCCCACUGGCGGAGCAUGGCAGGCACUAUCGAAGAGGUCAAAGCCCUUGCUGAGAAGCUGGAGAAGGAGGACGGCACCCAGAGGGCACGCACCUUAAGCAACAGGAUGAUCAUGGCCAUCCCCACUUUUGAGGCCACUGAGGAGGCAAGUUGGAAAACAAGCACAGGAUUGGCGACUAAUGCUAACGGCCUUCUAGAAGCGUCGGCGUAAAGAGUAUCGCCAGCAGCGUCGUGCUGCUUUCUCAAGACCAGAGCCUGGCUUUGGCAUCUAUGAAGGCCGUACACGCGGCAAGCGCAUGCGCUACACCUACGACGAUGAGGAAGACGCAUCUGCAUCCGAUGCAACUUCCACACGACGCUCUACUCGUCAGCAAUCAGCUCGAAGUACGCCGUUCGAGCCUGGUCCCACCUACACGGCUAGCGGGCGUCAGAUCAAGCAGCCUCGCCAAGGCGAGUAUGGUGAGUCUCUGCUGAGCAACAACAUUAUGAGUACCGAUGAAUUGGCUCCGGAGAAUGGCGACGAGUCCGACCCUGUUCGGAAUGGUGGUAGAGCCACGAGAUCCGGUGGUGCACGGUCUGGCAUGGAUGGCGCAAGCAAUCCGCGGAAGCGGAAGCACAUUGACGGCUACAACUCUAUCGAUGAUAUGAGCGAUGAGGAUGACGCCGAUCAAAGUGCCGACGAGUGGGACUCAGACCGCAACGACCACCAAGACUACAACUUGCCAGACGCGGACGACGAGGACUCUGGACCAAGCGAGAGCGAAGAGGACGAGUUGGACCAAGAAACAUCCGGUAGCCUCAUUGUCAAGCUCAAGAUGCCAUCAGCAUUCUCGGCAGCAAAGAACGGCACUCCACCAACGAGUCCGCCGUCUCUUAAAGAAGGUGGAACCAAGGCUGACAAGGAUCCAUCAACAGACCAUCCUAUCGUACGCAUCCCUCCUCCAGACUGCUCUACAGAAGAGGAGACAAAGCCAGGUGCCUCCAAGCCCGACACCUCUCCUGUUGUCAAUGGAACGACAGAGUAUGCUCCUGCUGAUGAGCAAAAGCUCAAAGUUGAAGAAGGCACUGGUGGGAGAUCUUUUGAGCCGCAGGUUGUCAUCAAGUCCGGUCAUCCUUUGAAGAAUGUGCAGUACCCGGCGCCGUCACCCACGAAGGAUGCUGUUGCUCCUGCUAGUGAGUAUGCGAAUGGCCACAUAUCUGCGCCUGCUCCCCCUGCUCUGGAGACUGCCCGGAACACCAUGGUGCAAUAA